AUGUCAUGGAACGAGAAGCCGGUGUACGCUGUUGCGAACGCAGGCUACGCCGACUGGGGGCACGCUUCCAGGAGGACAGGAGGAUGGGCAAUAGUGCAGAGGGGUUCUCCAGGCCGUGCUCUCCCUCUACGCUUCGACCUCUCCGGUGGUGCCGCCAUGUUCGUCGGCGCACGAUGGGGUAAUAUCGCCCACGGUGUCUUCAUAUGCUUCUGCCUCGCGACGAACAUCAUCGUCUCGUCCAUGCUCGCUGUCGGAGGUUCAGCCACCGUGACUGACCUCGCCCAAAAUCGGUUCCUUCGCGUGCAUGCAUGA